CUGACUUCCUGACGCCUCUCUGAGAAGCUCCAGUGGCUCCUUAGCUACCGAGGAUCAUGUCAUCAGCCUUUGUGAGUGUGGUCAGGAGUGUAAUCAAAGAGGUGGACCAGAGGGGAGAGCUCAUCCGAGUGGACAGCCUGCGGAACUCUACCAGCAUCAGGCCCUACUGCCUCCUGAGCAGGAAACCCUCAACCUCAUGGUUCUGGAAACCCCGUUAUACAUGUGUCAACCUGUCAAUCAAGGACAUCCUGGAACCCAGUGCUCCAGAACCAGAGCCGGAGUGUCGUGGCCGCUUCCAUUUCUCUGAUGUCGUCGACAGGAACGUUCAGGGCAGUGUGGGGCUGUCAGGCACAGGACAGGGGAAAAUUUCUGGUGGGGCCGCAGUGUCCCACAGUUCCAGUGCCUCUGUGAACGUGCAUCUACUGCGUGUGGCUCAGAACACCUGGGAGAUGCUUCAGCAUGAGAGGCACCUGAGGCAGCCUGAACACAAAAUCCUGCAAGAGCUUCGGAAUCGUAGGCAUAACGUGUUUGUGGUGACGGAGGUGCUACAGACACAGGAGGAGAUGCAGGUCACGCGGACCCACAACCGGAAGGGCUCAGGCCAGUUUGCAGUGCUUGGAGCCAUAAGCUUGCAGGGUGAAGGCCAGGGUCACCGAAACCAGAAGAAGAUGGUGACCAUUCCUGCCGGCAGCAUCCUGGCAUUCCAAGUGGCCCAGCUGCUCAUUGACCCUAAAUGGGAUAUCCUUCUCCUUCCUGAUGAGAAUGAGAGGACCUUUGAGCUGCCCUCCUCAGGCCACAGAAAAUCCUAUAGGAUGGAUGUCGCACUACAACCCAUCUGUGAACAAUUAAAAGCCGGGUUAGAUGGAUACCAAGUGCGAUCUUUGACCAUGAACGACUUCCGAGGCCUGUGUGCAGAGGUGAAGGCUGCCUCCACAAGGCUGGAAUACUUCGACAUGGAGUUGAGACAAGAGCUACUAGUGAACAUUGGGAAGAUUUUACAGGACCAGCCCAGCAUGGAAGCCUUGGAGGCCGUGCUAGAGCAGGGCCUGUACAGUGGCAAAAAGGUGGAGCCUCUGGAUGGCCCAGCAGGCAGCAUCCUGGAGUGUCUGGUGCUCUCCUCUGGAACCCUGGUGAUGGAAGUUGCUGCCCCUGUCUUCUACCUGUUGGAAGCACUGGCUGUGCUGAGUGAAACCCAGCAGCAGCUGCUGGCUAUGUCUCUGGAGGCAACGGUGCUAUCAAAGCAGCUGGAGUUGGUGAAGCAUAUUUUGGAAUGGACCACCCCAUGGCAUAAGCAGAGUUGUGUGUCUCUGCCCUUGAGGCUCCUCGGGGACAGCUGGGAUGAGGAGGCUCCCACCUGGGUCUUGCUAGAAGAAUGUGGCCUAAGGCUGCAGGUGAACACCCCCCAGGUGCACUGGGAACCUGUGUCUCAGGACCCCAUGUGUGCACUCUACACCUGCCUGGCCCUAUUGUUGACUCUAAGCCAGAACCUUGCUAGCCUACAGGGCUCCCUUCCCCUAACAUCCUCAUUCACUGUCCUCUAGUUAGUACAGAAACUUGCCUAGCCCAGCCUCCAGGGAAGCCAAGAGUCCAAUUCAAUCACAGGGCUAGAAUGCAAUGAAGCCCAAGAGUUGGAAAAAUGUAAUAAAUAUA